GUCUGCAACACCUCUGCUACCUCCUGCAGUGGCGGUGUAUGAAGGGGCUUGUGUGCAACGGGAAAGGAAGACAUUUUCAGACUGAGUGAAGUUCUCCCGUGUAACUAGUCACCUCUGACGUUGCCGGCGAAAUGUGCGGAGAACGCUAGGCUGCUGUGACGUCAUCGCCCACACGUGCUGAAAGGCGUCUGCUAGGAGAAGUCGUCAGCUCCACACCAUAGAUUAGUUAUUACAGCACACAUUAAACACAUUCCGUACACCAUGUCUUGGCUUUUUGGUAUGAACCAGCGCCCUCAGGACUUUUCUCAGUUUGUGCCACCUCCUGGAGCUUCAGGGGGUGAUGGAGGGCCAGAUGGACCAAAUGGACCAAAUGACCGUGGGAGGGGCAACACCAGCAUGGAGGCAUACCGGUUUGACUCGGCCGCCCUGGAACGUGCUGCUAAGGCUGCCAAAGAUUUAGAGAAGUCAGCAUUUGCAAAGGAAGCCCUCAGUCUGUCAUUGAUGCAGGAAGAGACAAAGCAGAAGGAGAUAAUGACAAAAGCUAAGGAAAUGGAGGUGCAAAUAGAGGCAGCAAAAGCAGAAGGGAAACGCAUAGAACAGGAGGAGCGAAGGAAGACUUUGCAAGAGCAGUCAAAACUUGACCAGCAAAAGUCACAGUAUCAAGACCAGCUGGCUAGGAAGAGGUAUGAAGACCAGCUGGCUCAGCAGCAGAGAAUGAAUGAGGAUAACCUGAGGAGGCAGGAGGAGUCAGUUGCAAAGCAAGAGGCUAUGAGGAAAGCUACUAUUGAGCAUGAACUGGAGCAGAGGCACAAAUAUGAUUUAAAAAGAAUAGAAGCAGAAAUGACAAGCAAAGCCAAGGUGGAUCGAGAAAAUCAAGAUUUAACCCUUGAACAGAUCAGGGUCCGUGCUGCUGAAGACAGGGAGACAACCCUAAAGUCAAUGAUAGAGAAACGUGAAACAAUCCUGUCUUCUAUAAAAACAGCGGGGGCAGCAAUUGGAACUGGCAUAGAUGCAUUUUUAAGUGAACCAUCCAAGAUACAAGCUGCAGUUGCAGGCCUUGUGGCUCUUACUGCUGGGUAUUAUGGUGCCAAAGGAUCUCUGGGCAUUAUAUUCAGGUUUAUGGAAGCAAGACUAGCAAAACCAUCAUUAGUGCGUGAGACCUCAAGGAUCAGUGCUUUUGAUGUUGUGCGACAUCCAGUGCAGACUGUAAAGAAGGUUCAGAAGAGACCUGAAGAUGUCUUAGAAGGAGUUGUUCUCAACCCCAGUCUAGAAGAAAGAGUCAGAGACAUUGCCAUUGCUACAAAGAACACCAAGUUCAAUAAAGGCAUGUAUCGCAACAUUCUUCUUCAUGGACCUCCUGGAACUGGUAAAACCCUCUUUGCCAAGAAAUUGGCAAUGCACUCUGGAAUGGAUUAUGCUAUUAUGACGGGUGGUGACAUCGCUCUUCUAGGCAGGGAAUCUGUUGGAGCCAUUCACAAGGUGUUUGAUUGGGCAGGUACAUCAAGAAAGGGUCUUAUCCUUUUCAUUGAUGAAGCUGAAGGAUUUCUGCGCAAACGUCAUGAAAAUAUUAGUGAAGAAUUGAGGAUGGCCAUUAGUGCUUUCUUGUAUCGUACGGGAACUCAGACUGACAAAUUUAUGAUGGUGUUAGCAUCCAACACCCCAGAAGUACUUGAUUUUGCUGUUGUUGAUCGUGUUCAUGAACCUGUAGAAUUCCCUCUGCCAACUCUAGUAGAGAGGGAGCGCUUAGUCAGACUUUACUUUGAAAAGUAUAUCCUAAAGCCAGCAGCAGAGGGCAAAAGGAGACUGAAGGUGGCACAAUUUGACUAUAGUGGAGCAUGUACAAAAGUGGCUGAUCUUACUGAAGGGAUGUCAGGACGUGAGAUCACAAACUUAGCUUUAGAUUGGCAGAUGACUACAUAUGCUUCAAGGGAUGGUGUGUUCUCUGAGGAAAUUAUGCUAAAGAGAGCACAGGCAGCAGUGCAGCAUAAGAAACACAAGGUAUCCUGGCGAAGUGAGCAUGAAACAAAGAAGACUGUGUUUAGUGCAGCUGUUAUAGCUGCGGUUGAAAAUGCAAACAGUGCUCCUCCAUCAAAGCCUGAACCAGUUAGCUGAGAGCAGCAUGUUAUGUUAGGGAAUUAUUUCUUCUUUAUGAAUAUGGGAAUUAAUUUGUUCUUUCUAUAUUGCUUAUGAUGAUAUCAUAGCCUUUGUAGCAUUGAUAAAAAGAAUGAACAAAUUCAGAGUUUAAUUCUUGGUGUUUCAAAUACAUGGAUAUUUAAAAAAUUAAAUAAAU